UGGCAGAGGAGCAUUGCUGGUGCACGAUGGCGUAUAUCACAUCAGUAGAUGUACAGGUGAAUGAGCCUUUGAUGGAAUGGCUGAUGUGGUUAAGUUCAGUGAUGGUAUCAGUAGAGUAGAUAUGUGGACAGAGGUGGCUACGGGGUUUACUGCAGGGACUGGUUCCUGGUAGGGAUGUAAAAUCCUGUUUAAUUUGGUUAACUGGCAGCGAGUGGAGAGGGUGAGGCUUACCAGUUAACCAUUCACAUCCCUAGUUCCUAGUGUUGGUGUUGCUGUUGUGGGGUGUGUGGUUGGUGGUAUGUGUUUCAGAUCAGGGGGCUGUCUGUAAGCGAGGAUUGGCCUGCCUCCCAAGGUCUGUGAGUGCAAGGGAUAGGCUGUAGACCCAGCCCACACAGGACACUUUGCAACUUAAUUAGCAUUGGUAAGCUAUCAACCUCCGAUGCAAAUUGCUUGUUAUGUGCACCUAACAGAUAGAAACUCAGUUACUGUGGCAGACGGUUACAUCUGUUAAGUUGAAAUUUGCAUAUUUGACCAGGGGAAUUGCUCCCUCUAAAUGACACAUUGUACUAUUAAUUUCAUUUUCUGUGAUACUGAAUGGUUUCCAACAUCUGAGCAAGACACUACAAACUAAUUGGCACAAGUUUUGUCUUUUGCAGCUCCCUGGCAAUUGGAACCAAAACCGGAUACAGGCUUUUCUCCCUAAGUUCUGUGGAACAAUUGGACCACGUCUACGAAAACUAUGAGAUCCCAGAUGUUUAUAUUGUGGAGCGCCUCUUCUCCAGCAGCCUGGUGGUCGUGGUGAGUCACACCAAGCCUCGGCAAAUGAACGUCUACCACUUUAAGAAAGGGACCGAGAUCUGUAACUAUAGCUAUUCUAGCAACAUCUUGUCCAUCCGUCUGAAUCGGCAGAGGCUGAUUGUUUGCCUGGAGGAAUCUAUUUACAUUCAUAACAUUAAGGACAUGAAGCUUUUGAAGACCAUCCUGGAGACACCUCCGAAUACAACAGGUUUAUGUGCACUUUCUAUCAACCAUUCCAACUCCUACGUGGCGUACCCUGGCAGCUCGACUAUUGGGGAGAUCAUGCUGUACGACGGAAAUAAUUUGAGAACAGUCUGCACCAUUCCUGCCCACGACGGGCCUCUGGCUGCCCUAACCUUCAACUCCACCGGCUCGAAGUUAGCAAGUGCGUCGGAAAAAGGCACUGUUAUCCGUGUGUUUUCCAUACCUGAUGGGCAAAAACUCUAUGAAUUCAGAAGAGGAAUGAAGAGGUACGUGAACAUUAGCUCGCUGGUGUUCAGCAUGGACUCGCAGUUCCUGUGUGCCUCAAGCAACACUGAGACCGUGCACAUCUUUAAACUGGAACACACCACAGACAGCCGGCCAGAAGAGCCUCCCACCUGGAGUGGUUACAUGGGGAAGAUGUUCAUGGCUGCUACCAACUACCUUCCUGCUCAGGUAUCGGACAUGAUGAACCAGGACCGGGCCUUUGCCACCGUGCGCUUGAACGUAUCUGGACAAAGGAACAUCUGCACGCUCUCCACGAUUCAGAAGCUGCCACGACUGUUAGUUACCACGUCCGACGGACACCUGUACAUCUACAACCUAGACCCGCAAGAUGGAGGAGAGUGCGUCUUAAUUAAGAAACACAGCCUGCUUGACUCGGGAAAGCCAGACGAGAACCAAGAAAACGACCUCCGGCCUCCCUUCCCUCAGUCUUACGCCGCCACCGUAGCCAGACAGAGUUCGACGCCUUCCUCUUCAACCAGGCCAGGUUACUCAGAAGACGGGGGAGCCUUGCGAGGGGAAGUUAUCCCAGAGCAUGAAUUUGCAACUGGACCAGUGUGUCUCGAUGACGAGAAUGAAUUCCCGCCUAUAAACUUGUGCCGUGGAGGUCAGCUGGGAGAAGAGAAGAGGUCCUGAUGAGACGCCAACAUCAGGAUUCAGGACAGGCGCUGGGAGGUGGUUUGGAAAAAAACCCCAAGCUAUGUGGAAGAAUGGAUUUGUGGGCACCUACCACAGGGGGAAUAACCGGAGGUGCUACAUUGCUUUUACUACAGUAUGUUCAAGUAGUUACUUCACCCCUCUGGCCCUGUGUUUGCUGUGGUAUAUGGGUGUGAUGUAAAUGUACUGUAUGCACAGUCUGUAUUUAACAAAUGAGACGUGAGAACCCCCUUGUAAAUGCUAACCUAACCAGAUUUGUAUGGAACCUGAAUUUUAUACCAUGGGUUUUCCCGUUUCUAAUUUAUGCUGUUUUUAUGUGUAUAAAGUCUAUUAAGCUGUGUCUUUGUACAGUAUAUACAUAGUAUUUUACCCAUGCAGAGUAUUUUUGCAGUGAUAGGAGGAUAUUAGGGGGCUGUCCGCCCUUUCCCCCCGUUUAUUAUGUUUGAGCGCUACCAGAAGUCGAGUAAUAAAGUCGCCGCACGUCAGUG